AUGAGGCGCGAACCAACUGUCUCUCCAGAGACGCCAAUGCCCAAGGGCUACGGAUUUCUCAAGAAGGGCAAUACCUUCAUGACAGCGCUCUGUCGCAAAAAGACCCACGCCGCCGGAAAGACGUUGUAUAUUGUGUCCAAGAGCGGCAAACCAGAAGGGUUGAGAGCACCGAUAUGGAUUCUGCAGCAGGUCCGCUCAGAAGAGAAAGCAACUCGUGACAAGAGGCGCGGCGCUGUCCAAAGGCGUGACGCAGCCACCGAGGAUGCAUUUGAGAAAGCCAUUCUGAGGCUUUUUGCCAAUAUCCCGAAGCGAGAUCUGACCACAAUCCUCAAGCGCACUCUUAGAAAACGGAGCGGUCGGGUUGGCCGUACUGGAAAGUUGGAUCUGGACAAGAAGGCAUAUCUAGCAGUUCAGGCGCAUGCUCGACACUGCCACACAGACUACGACAAACUUCUCGCGCAGUCAUCUCAAGACCGGGACACCGCAAGGAAAACUAUUCGGGAUAAGGUGUCCAACCUCUUGAUAGAAUGGGGUGGCGAUCCAACAGUGGUGAAAUCAGGAGGCAACUUUGCCCAGAGGAACGACAAGAAGGGGCCCCGGAAGAGUAUGGCGAUCCGAACAACCGGGAGACGACGCAAGUCCUUGACAACUUCUGCACGACACAAGCAUAUACCAGUGCUCAAGCAGCUCCCGAAACUGCGUCGGGUUUCAAAGGGCGAGGCACGGCCGCAGUCACAGCCAGACAUCAUUGAUUUGACGCAAGACUCAGACGGAUCCGAAGAAAGCGGAUCGACAAGUCAGACUUUUUCCGAGGACGAGGACGAGUACCGGGAUUCAGAGGAGGACGUUGGCGACGACUCAUACGAGCUGUCCGAUGUGGUGGAUUCUGACGGAGAUUAUGAGGUAGACAGCGACGGGCUGCCAGAAUGA